GGGCAUGCGCAGUGGUGUUAAGUUUGUCGUGCUGGAAAUAGAACUGGAGUGGCAGGUGGCCGGGUGGUGGACGUUGCAGUUGUAGGGACGAGGAGGGAGGGCAUGGAGCCAGCUUGGCGGCAGGCUGGUCGGGGGCGAGGACGUGGGAGAGGUAAGACAAGCGUCGCUCAAGUGCCUGGGUCUGAAGGACAAGCUCAGGCCGGCAGAGGAGAUGCCAGGCCCGCGAAUGGAAGGGGCUCCAGUCUCAGCACCGCCGCCGCCAUCACCGGGUCAAGGAGUCAGCCUGAUGCAAGUAAUGAGUUAUUGUCACGGAAAAAAUUUGAAGAAAUCUGUAAGGCCAAUCAAGCUGUAGUUCAAAGGUUUGCCAAUGAAGACACUUCCUCAGAAGAAGACGACGAAGGAGGAGAGGAUUUUGAGAGCCAGCGAGGGAAAAUUGUUGCAUCAACGUUUACUGCAUAUUCAGAUCACAUAGGUGAGGAUUCUUCCAGAGAACUGGAACGUACAAAACAAUAUUUAAAUGAAGCAUUUCAGUCAGGGGCUCAAACGUGUCUCAUCUGCAUUGCCUCUGUAAAGAGAAACCAGGCUAUUUGGAGUUGCUUUCGUUGCUAUUGUAUCUUCCAUAUACCAUGUAUUCAAAAAUGGGCAAAAGACAGCAUUUUCCUCGUAUCCUCGGUAUUGGAUGAUGAUUUUGGAAAAAAAGAUCACCCAUGGCCAUGUCCUAAAUGUAGGCAUCAGUAUGAACAAUCUCAAACUCCAACAAGAUACUACUGUUACUGUGGAAAAGUUGAAGACCCACCACAAGACCCUUGGCUUGUUCCUCAUUCCUGUGGCCAAGUUUGUGACAAAGAAUUUAAGCCUUUAUGUGGACACAAGUGUCUCCUUUUAUGCCAUCCUGGUCCCUGCCCACCUUGUCCAAAGAUGGUCUCUGUAACAUGCUACUGCAAAAAAGCUAAAACGGUAUCCAGGCGAUGCAGUGCUAAGGGGUGGUCCUGUCAGCAACCAUGUGGACGACUGUUAUCUUGUGGGCAACAUAAAUGUGAAAAUCUGUGUCAUCCAGGCAAUUGUCCAGAGUGUCCUCGUGUCAGCUGGCAACGAUGUUUGUGUGGCAGGAAAACAGCUGAGCGGCUGUGUGCUAGUCCACAAUGGCAAUGUGAAGAGGUAUGUAGAAAAACUCUACCUUGUAGUCAUCAUACAUGUGAACAGGUCUGUCACCGUGGGUCUUGCGGAAAUUGCCCACGAUCAGGAUACAGGGUGUGUCCAUGUGGAAAAUCAAAAUCUGCACUGCCCUGCACAGAGGAUGUACCAACCUGUGGCGAUACUUGUGACAAACAAUUAGAGUGUGGUCUUCAUAGAUGUUCAAUGCGCUGCCAUCGAGGCCUCUGUGAGACCUGCAGACAGGAAGUGGAAAAGCAGUGUCGUUGUGGGAAGCAUGUAAAGAUUUUGCCGUGCCAUAAGGAGUAUCUGUGCGAAACAAAAUGUGCAAAAUUGCGAGAUUGCCAAAGGCAUCAAUGUAAAAGGAAGUGCUGUUCUGGGAAUUGCCCUCCUUGUGAUCAAAAUUGUGGUCGAACUCUUGGCUGUAGAAACCACAAGUGCCCAUCAGCCUGUCACAGAGGUACUUGCUACCCAUGUCCUGAGACUGUAGAAGUUAAAUGUAAUUGCAGUGCAACUGUUCUAAUUGUACCUUGUGGCAGAGAACGUACAACCAAGCCUCCGAGGUGCAAAGAGCUAUGCAGGAAGCCACCCACAUGUCAUCAUCCAACUAGAGAGAAACACCGAUGCCACUUUGGUCCUUGCCCUCCAUGCAAACAGCCCUGCCAAAAAGCACAAACUGCAUGUGCUCACCUUUGCCCUGAUCCAUGUCAUGAUGAAGUGCUGGUUAAGCAAGAAAAUUCUUGCCAACCCUCAGGUCCUUGGGAACGACGUUCUGGGCCAGCUUUCAUUCGAACAGCAAUCCCUUGCCCAGCCUGUAUGGUUCCUAUUCCCACGGCUUGUCUUGGAAAACAUGAGAUAAGCCCAUUACCUUGUCAUGCAGCAGGGCCGUAUUCCUGUAAAAGGUCUUGUGGACGACGCUUGGCCUGUGGGAAUCACACAUGUGCAAUGGAAUGUCAUGCAGUCACCAUUGUGGAUGGAAAUGAUGAGCAACAGGCUGGUAAAGAAUGUCAAGUGUGUGAAGAAGCAUGUAGCUAUCCUCGACCACCUGGUUGCAUUCACCCAUGCAGUCUGCCAUGUCAUGAAGGUGCAUGUGCUCCAUGUUCACAGAUGAUCAGAACAAAAUGUCAUUGCAAGAUGGCAACCCUCUACGUGGAAUGCAUAAAAAUCACUACAGCUGAUGUUAAAGCUAAAAUUAGCCUCCAUUCCUGCAAAAAUCAAUGUCCUAAGCAGUUAUCAUGUGGACAUCGAUGCAAAGCAAUCUGCCACCCUGGUAACUGUCCAGAGGGCUGCAGCCAGAAAGUGAAGAUGAAAUGCCCCUGUAAGCGGAUAAAAAAGGAAAUACUGUGUUCGGUGGUGACUGAGGAGCAGGUCCUGGUGGAAUGUGAUGAAGUCUGUCAGGAAAUGAAGCAAAAGGCAUCUGAGAUGAAAGAAGCUGAAGAGAGAGCAGCUCUUGAAAAAGAAAAAUUAAAACAGCAGGUGGAACUAGAAGCCUUUGAGAAAAGACUGAGAGGUCGCCGUAAGAAGAACAAGAGGCGGGAUGCAGUAGAGACUAAAGAGACAGCUUGGCAGAAGUACAAGAAGUACCUGAUGAUCCCUAUCUGUGGAAUUGUUCUGGCAAUGGUUGCCUUUUAUCUGCUGCAACUCUAUUGAUAAGAUUAGAAGACCUGGUACGGCCAGAAUUAAUUACAAGAGAAAAAUAUCUAUUAAAGUAUCAUUUUUCAAAAAUAAUUAUACAAGGAUGAGUCUCAUGCAAGUAAUUUUUGAGUUUUCCUCAAAUCUACAAAGAUUUGAAAAUACCAUCAGUAAUAAUGUUAUAAAUGAUUUAUGCAUGUGACAAACAGCUAUUAACUUUAAUUUGUACAUGAAUGAAAGCUUAGGCAACACAUCUUUUUGUGUAUUUAGGCAUGCGUAAUGAAAUCUCAUUGAAAUUUUGAACAAAGGUCUAUGGACUGUUUCUAUACAUAUGGAAACUAAAUUUGUUGCAAAAAAGCAACUUGUGUAAAUUACAUUACAGCUGUUUAUUUUAUUUCUUCCUUUGAGAAUCUGGGUUUAGAAUGGCCAGUUUAAAGUAUUCAAAUUGUUUUUUUUUGGCCCAUACAGCAUUUUUAUUUUUCACCCUUUGGUUCACUUUUCAGUGCAAGUAACAAGCAAGAAUAAUUGGAGCCAACAUAGUUGACCCCAGCUAACCAGAAUGUUGUAAAUUGUUAAUUACCUUUUUAUUAAGUAAUCCUUUGCUGUUUGAGAUCAAAAGAAUCAUAUUUAUCAAUUGGGAUUCUUUUGCAUGGUUUGCACACUGCUUUGAAUGAUCAAAAUACUACAACAAAUUGAAAACUAGCUGGCUUUGAGACGUGGAUGGUAUUAGCAUGUGUGGAAUUUUUAAGCCUUUAAAUCAUUUAACGUGUAACUGCCCACAUUGGCCCAUUACCUAGCAAUCACCAAUAGUUGAUUUUGUACCACCAUUCAAAAGUAAAUUUUGUCUUUUAGAUCAGUGUUAAACCUUGCAUUUUCAUACAUCGGUUAUUUUGUUGUAUUUACUUUUCAAUCCAUUAUUUAAAUAUACGUAAUUUAAAAUUAAUUCAAAACUGCUUGAAAGGCAACUGACUGUUAUGUUCUGCAAACUCAUUUCUGUAGGAAAUUAUUGAUAAACUUCAAACAAAGCAUUGAAGGUAUUUAAUCAAGGAAAACUCCAAAUAGUUUGUAUUAUGAGUCAUGUUAUGUGCCCUGAACUGGAAUUUAUCUGUGUAUUCAGUUGAAUAUUACCCUAUUUUCAUGGACCUGUGAUUUAAUUGUUUUUGAUUUAUGGUAGUGAUCCUUUAUACUGUACUGAGUCACUUUUGUUCUGCGGAAUAAAAUUGAAAACAUCUACUUAAUAG